AGAGUUUAUAAUCUCGACAAUCUCGACAAUCUCGAACCAAAUCAAGUAUAUCAAGUAUUCAUCUCUUUUAAAGCAGUUGAAGCUUUGAAUAUUAUUCUCGUUCCUCAGGGAGUCAUGUGUCAAGACCUUACGACUAACAUGAUUUGGCGUUCUAUUGGAAAUACUAGUUUUUUGCUAAAUUUUCCUAACAAAUAUGAAAUCUCACAUUACGAGGCAAAACUAU